GUUUCCCUCACGCCUCCACCAAACCCCUGCUUAACAUGUGAAUAUUUAUACUGAAAUCUAAAAGACGACAACAACAACCAACACCGUUUGAACACAAACAUUGGUGUUUAUCAUAUUUAAUUCAUUCCAAUACUAGAUUCUAAGUGUCAAUAAGAUCAAUAGCCAAGACAUAUUCUUACAUAUAAACAGUGUGUUCGGGAUCGUGAGAGUUUAUUUCACGACCCUGACACAAAAGGGGUUUCUCUGAUUCUGUGUUUGGUUCCUUUCUUUCUCUUUUUUCUGAUUUUCUUAGCAACCCACUGAGGUUUUGUUUGAAAAGUUUGGAUUUUUCACCUACCCUUUAUCUCUCUCACAAUGAUUUCCUCGUUGAGACAACCUAGUAUAGGGAUCAGUGGUUCUGAUUUUGUUUUGAGGAAAAUACAUGCAACCCCAAUUCAGCCAAGGUCGUUUUUACCUUCUCUGUCAAAAGAAAAAGCUCAAAGAUCUGUUGUUUGUGUGCAAAAGCCUCUUCACCUUGCAUCUCUUGGUGCGGGGUCUUUUGGGUCAGUGAAGAAUUUUGAGUCAGCUAAGAAUUUUGGGAGGGAUGAUUUGGUGAAGUGUGGAGCUUAUGAGGCAGAUAGAUCAGAGGUUGAAGCUGCAGGUACACCAUCAGUGGCUGUUAAUAAGGUGAAAAUUGGGAUAUAUUUUGCAACCUGGUGGGCUCUGAAUGUGGUGUUCAAUAUUUAUAACAAGAAGGUUUUGAAUGCCUACCCGUACCCUUGGCUUACUUCAACUCUUUCACUUGCAUGUGGGUCUCUCAUGAUGUUGAUCUCUUGGGCCACCAGAAUAGCAGAGACGCCUAAGACUGAUCUUGAGUUUUGGAAGUCUUUGUUCCCUGUUGCUGUUGCACAUACAAUAGGACAUGUAGCUGCAACGGUUAGUAUGUCAAAAGUUGCAGUAUCAUUUACCCAUAUUAUCAAGAGUGGUGAGCCUGCUUUUAGUGUUCUGGUUUCGAGAUUUAUUUUGGGUGAGACCUUCCCUGUGCCAGUCUAUCUGUCAUUAAUUCCAAUCAUUGGUGGAUGUGCACUUGCUGCGGUGACUGAGCUCAAUUUCAAUAUGAUUGGUUUUAUGGGGGCUAUGAUAUCAAAUUUGGCAUUUGUAUUCAGGAAUAUCUUUUCAAAAAAGGGCAUGAAGGGAAAGUCUGUCAGCGGAAUGAAUUACUAUGCUUGUUUAUCUAUUUUGUCCCUCGCAAUUCUCACACCCUUCGCAAUUGCUGUGGAAGGACCGCAGAUGUGGGCUGCUGGAUAUGAAACAGCCCUCUCUCAAAUUGGACCCCAAUUCAUAUGGUGGGUAGCAGCUCAGAGUAUAUUUUAUCAUCUGUACAAUCAGGUUUCAUACAUGUCUCUGGAUGAGAUCUCUCCCUUGACAUUUAGCAUUGGAAACACCAUGAAACGUAUAUCUGUCAUAGUGUCUUCAAUUAUUAUCUUCCACACACCAGUUCAGCCCAUCAAUGCUCUUGGAGCUGCUAUUGCUGUCCUUGGAACCUUCUUGUAUUCACAGGCAAAACAAUAGUGUUGAGGAAUUAAGAUUCCUCUAGGGACUUGUUUGUUACUGCUCGUCAUGGUCAACAAGGGAUAAGGAAAUUGAUUUUGAAAUGUGACUGCUGGAUUUUUGUAAGAUUAGGAUGAUCUAGCUGUAAGUUCAUCUGUAGAUAAUAAUAAGAAUACCACUUCUGAGGAAACAUUAUCAUAAUACAGAUGAUAAGUUAGAUUUUUUUUUUUUUUUUUCAAUUUCUGAAUUGCCAAUGAGUUGAAAUAAAUGUUGUUGUUUAUAUAAUCUGAGAAUAAUUUCUCAAAACCUUAUUUCCAAUAAGGAUUUCAUAAGAAUAUGAUGCGUGUGAUCUAUUUG